UCCACAUACAUGUACAUAUACACACACAUACACACAUAUAUAUACGCUUAUAAACUUUGAGACAGUACAAGACGAUAAAGAACAGUCAUAAAUAUUAGACGAUAGAAAACUAUAGAAUGUCUUCAAGGUAAAACAUGAAAUACAAAACAAGAUCAAUCUUUAUCAAUCAUCGUGUCGCCUUCCCCUUUAGCUUAACUUCCAUAUCUUUUACCUUAUCAACCUCCUAGCUAUAGGUGUCUACGGACAUCUUCAUACCUAGUUUCAACUUCACUCAAGAUGAAAAUUCUUGACCAAAACCAAUAAUCAGAUUCACCUUAAUUCUGAACUUUGGCAACUCCGCUUUUAUGCGGUAACUCCCAAAUUCCAAUAUAGCUUCUUUUGACCAACAGCCAGCAAGCAACCAAGCAAGCAACCAAGCAAGCAACCAUCAACCAACCACCAACCAACCACCUCAAGUUUUCACACUAAAUCACCAUCAACAUGGAGGUUGAUAAAGAUAAUUGGAAACGGCUUUUGCUUCCAAUUUUGAAGGAUAUCUCAAAUGCCACCUUUGUUUCCUUCGAUCUAGAAAUGAGCGGUAUUACUACACGACCAAAGCAUAGUAACCAGGAGCGGACUCACGAUGUCGGAAAACCCAGCCUCCAACAACAAUAUGAAGAAGUUAAGGAUGCCGCCGAGACUUUCCAAGUUCUUCAAAUUGGUAUUACUUGUGUUGAAGAAGACCGUGACAAGGGCACGCAUAAUAUUCCUAUUCGCCACUCUAUUUCUGCAUGCUAACAAAUUCUAGAUUAUUAUCUUGCUAAACCAUACAAUAUUAACCUCAGUCCAUUAUUCAUUUAUGAUAGAGUCUUCGAUCUUGAUCGCAAGUUCUCUUUUUCUAGUUCUGCUACUAACUUCCUUCAAUCCAAUGGCUUUGAUAUUGGUGCAGUCUUCACCAAAGGUGUCCCUUACUUGUCGGAGCAGGAGGAGGCAGAAACUCGUGAGCGUUAUGAUCAGAGAAUUGAGAGAAAUGCAUCAAUUCCUAGCAUCAUUUUUGAUCCCAGUGAUGUUGGAACAUUAGAGUUCUAUCGAAGAGCUAGAUCGACUAUCACAGAAUGGAUAGAGGCAAAAGAAGUAAGUGAUAUUUGUUAUGGCUUAGUAUAUCCUUUACUGUUCAACCACUUUCUACCACAAUACGUUUCUUUUCAUAUUCGGGCUGGACAUGAGAGUGCUAUAGCAGUGAUAUCUCUAUCAACUGUCAUUCUUGGCAUCUAAAUGCGCUUCCGAAAAUGCAUUACUUUUAUGGAUAAUGUUAAAAUGUUGAUGGGCUACUAUUCCUAGUUACUUGCUAAUAUUAUCUAGCCCAAGAUGGCUUCUGUCAAUGUGGAUAAUCCCAAAGGUCCUCUGAAUGGUUUCCAGCGGAGGUUAGUUCAUCAGCUUGUCCGUAACGAAUUCCCUCAGUGCAGAUGUUUUGCUCGGUUGGAAGGAUCUUUCAUGCAGGUUGAAUUGAUUGAUCCUGAUAGAGAAGCAAAGGUAUGUUUAACUCAUCUCAUUUGGCUGGCUUAUUGCAUAGGGUGUUGAACGACUUUACGUACACCCUUCCCCCAAUAUAUUUGAACCUGGUAUUCGGCAUUAUUAAUAAAUGUAUAGAAAACAAUCGAGCAACUGAAAACGUUCAAUCAACGAAUUGCUCAACAAUCUGGGGCACGAUUUAUUUUUGAAGCACUUUGCGGUGGUGACCUAACAGGUAUCGACCCAAUGUGGUCAUACACGGUUGAUGAAAACAUGCAACCUAACUCUGAUUCUUCGCGCUCCGUCCUCGAAUCUGAACUUGCUGCAGUCACCAAGAAGCUCAAGAAGAAGCAACAUGUUAUUGUCGGUCACAACCUAUUCACUGAUCUUUGCUUUUUAUACAAAACCUUCAUUGGUACUCUUCCAGCUGGUGUAGGAGAUUUUCAAUCUCAAAUUCACUCGCUCUUUCCUUUUGUUAUUGACACAAAGUAUCUUGCAACUUACAAUAGUGAUGCUAUGAAUCCUCGUGUCAACCUCAAAGAGCUGUUAAUCCCAGUCAGUACUACCGUUCCUCUAUUCUGACAUGCAAAUAUCAUCAGAUGUUUCCUACUCCGUAUAAUUAACACUUCUCGAUGGAGCCGGGCUUUCCAUUCUUCCCAACUUUUCUCCUUUAUUGGCAAAAACUAACACACAAAUGUUCUAGUUUCAAAAAGUACACAUGCCUCUCAUCCUUCUUCACGAAAAGCAUAACACUUACGGUGCCGUCAAUGGCAAAUCUCAUGAAGCCGGCUUUGAUAGUGUGAGUAUAAAUCUAAACACUCUUCCUAAUAUUUAAAUAUAUUUGAACCUCUCACAAUAACGCUUCUUGUCCUUCCAAGCAACCAUACCAACGAAUACUAACUCACUAAUUCUAUAGUGGAUGACAGCCGAGCUAUUCGUCAAACUAUCUGCAAAGCUUUAUGCUGAACAGACAGGCCUAAAUCAGGAUGAAAAUAAAACCCAAGUCAAUUAUAGCGAGAUAGAAUAUGACUCAGAUUCCGAUUCCGACGACCAAGAAGGAUCAGGAGGUGCCUCUCUUGCUUCCCCAUCCUCUAAUCCUCCUAAUGUAACAGCAAAUUCAAACUCAGAUGCUCAUCGCCCGGGUGACUGGCACGCUAUGCAACUCAACAACCCUUUCUCGGCGCUUAAUGUUGAAUAUGCAGGAAAAGAAGAGAAGAAGAAAAAGAAAGUGGCGUUUGGGGAUCAGAUGCCUAGACAGUGGAUUCCAGGCUUGGAAGAGACUUUCUGGGAGGUUUAUAGGAAUAAAUUGAGGGUUAAUGCUGUGGAAGGGGGUGUUUGUGAUUUAGGUUCUGGAUUGAACGGAGCGUUGAAUGGUGGGAGGAGUGAAAGGAUUAGAAAGGUGGGGAGGGGUAGGGGUGAUUGGGUUUAAGGUUUUGGAGCUGUGGUGCGGAGGUAGGGGGAGGUGUGAAGGGAGAUGGGGGAGAUGGGAGGAGUGUUGCAUAUUGAAUUUCCUGCGGUUUGAUUUGAUAUGAAGGCUCACGUUGAGAUGAUUUGAUGCAAAUGAACGAACGGAUGAAGUGGCUUCUAAUGCUUUCUGAAGUAAAGGGUGGAAGGGGCAAUGGCAUGAUUUUACAUACUGGACUGAGUAGGCUCUAAUAGAAGAAAUAAAACAGGUAGAUGUGUUACGAAUGAA